CCGCCCACUAACAAUAACCCGGAAGUGUAAGCCACGGUCUCCUCAGUGCUGCAGCGCAGAUGAAUGACGUCACUGGUUGGCGUCUGGCGCAAACAUGUCGGCGCUGGCGCUGCAGGAACACUUCCGUGCGAACAACAAGACCCGGGAGUUCCCCGCGCACAACGCUAAGGCGCACUCGGUAGCGUGGAGCUGUGACGGGCGGCGCCUGGCCUCCGGCUCCUUCGAUAAGACGGCCAGUGUGUUCUUGCUGGAGAAAGACCGGCUGAUAAAAGAGACAAACUAUCGGGGUCAUGGCGAUAGCGUUGAUCAACUUUGCUGGCAUCCCACAAACCCAGAUCUCUUUGUCACUGCAUCAGGGGACAAGACUAUUCGAAUAUGGGAUGUUAGGUCUGAGAGGUGCCUUACAACUGUUACCACAAAGGGUGAAAAUAUAAAUAUCUGCUGGAGCCCAGAUGGGCAAACCAUUGCGGUAGGAAAUAAGGACGAUGUUGUCACCUUCAUAGAUGUCAAAACCCAUCGCCCCAGAGCAGAGGAGCAGUUCAAGUUUGAAGUCAAUGAAAUCUCCUGGAACAAUGAUAACAAUAUGUUCUUUCUUACCAAUGGGAAUGGCUGCAUAAACAUUCUGAGUUAUCCAGAACUCAAGCCUAUUCAGUCCAUUAAUGCCCACCCUUCUAAUUGUAUUUGCAUAAAAUUUGACCCUACUGGAAAGUAUUUUGCCACUGGCAGUGCAGAUGCACUUGUCAGUCUUUGGGACAUAGAAGAACUGGUAUGUGUGCGUUGUUUUUCCAGGUUAGACUGGCCCGUGAGAACACUAAGCUUCAGUUAUGAUGGAAAAAUGCUGGCAUCAGCAUCUGAAGACCAUUUCAUUGAUAUUGCACAUGUUGAAACAGGUGAGAAGCUGUGUGAAGUUCAGUGUGAAUCGCCUACUUUCACUGUAGCCUGGCAUCCAAAGCGGUAUCUUUUGGCGUUUGCCUGUGAUGACAAGGAUGGCAAAUAUGAUAGUAGUCGUGAAGCUGGCACUGUAAAAUUAUUUGGUCUUCCAAAUGAUUCUUGAGAAGCAAUGACUCUAGAAAUGACUGUUUACUUGUCUGUACACCAGCCCACCUCAUUCCAAAGCUGUAUGCUUAGGGGCAUGGAUAUGGCUCAGUACAAGACCACAUUUGAUUCUAAACAUAUGUAUUACUGUUUUGUAGUAAAAUUUAAAUUUAUAAGAACAUUUUAUUAUGCUUUGUACCCAUGACUUUAGUAUUGAAAAAUAACAUUCAUAGGCAAUAGAGAAAUAACAAAAGGGGAAAGUGGGGUAUACUCCAACAGCAUUUUUUUUCAGCUCUUCUUUUAAAAGGUUUUUGUAAAAUGAAACCAGUCAUACUCCACUUCUUAAAAU